CAACAACUAUUGAGUGAGAAGCAGAGCGAGCAGGAGGGAGAGAGAGAGAGAGAGAAAGAGAAAGAAAGAGAGAGAGAGUAGGGACUUCGGACCUCAACACAGAUAAGAUAGCGAGAAAGAAGGUGGGAGGGAGUCAAAGCAAGCCAUGGAAAUGAAAGAAGAGACAAUGUUCAAGUGAGACGCCGUGAGAAGAACAUUAGGACAGGAGGACACCCCCUCUUUCAACGGCUACUCCCCCUCCUAUCCUCUCCCCUGCCCUCCCUUCUUCUCUUCUCUAUUCAGAUGAAGAUUAGGGGAGUGAGAGAAACCGUGAAAGACUGAAAACAAGGAAUAUUGGGAGACGGUAGCGAUGUCAGUCCGAUAACCGGGGAAGCAACAGAGGCGUGUCGGUGCAGAGAAACUGCUCAUGUGAGAGAGAGGGAGAGAAGGAGAGAGGGAGAGAGAGGGGAGAAAGUUAGAGUGAAGAAGUGAAAGGGCUUGUGCGGGAGAGAGACAAGGAGAUUAACUGCUUGGCUCGGCUCAGGAAAAGGGCAAGAAAGGAAGAAAAGAAAGGGGCUCAAAAGAAGUACAAAGAGGAAGGGAGAGUUAGAGUUAGAGGUGGAGGAGGAGAGUUUUGGAGAGCGAAAGAAAGAAGUAGAAAUAGAAAUAGAGAGAGGGAGAGGGAGAGACGGGGGUCUGGACAAAAUGCCACCAGAGGAGUAAACAGCUAGAGCCAAAAAGAAAAAAAGAGUCCCGGGCCAGGCAUGGAAACCUGAGGUGGACUGGAGCAAUCGGGGCACGAAAGGGGAGAAGGAAAGAGUGUUGAAGGGGGGAGGAGGACGAGGAGCCUGCGAGGAGAAACAGUAGAGCAAGAUUGAGAGAUAGAGAGAAGGAGGGAGAGAGUUCCCGACCGACCGAACGCCGGCGGGUAUGUCUUUGUGGAAACAGCAGGUGUGUGCGGCGACUGGGAGCGUGAGCGAGCAUGUGUGUGUAUGUGUGUGUGCGCAGCGUGUACAGCAGGAAGAAUGAAGAUUGUCAUCCACAAGCUGCUCUCUGCCACUCUGGUCCUGGGGGUCCUCGGCACCUUCUUCACGCUGCUCCUCUGGAUUGUUUACUCAGACAAUGAGCGUUCACCUCGUGGGCCUGUGCAGGGCCAGAAGAGCUCGGCUGCAGACCCCUCAGACUGCAUCAGCUGCAGCGAGACCAUCAUUAAGAGAGCCAUGGAACGGUACUCACAAAACUGGAGGAGACAAGAGAACAAUUAUAAGAAGUUCAGGGCGUUGCUGAGCAACAAGUGCCAUGGUGCCUCUAAAGCCAUCGUCACGCAAGCCAACACCCCCGUGGGGUCAAAGGUCACUUUCGACGGCGAGAAGAGGAAGCCGCUGCAAGUCACCCAAGCACUCUUCAGUGUCUUCCCAAAGGAGUCACCUUUUGGAAACAAAACUUGGGAAACAUGUUCUGUGGUUGGAAAUGGAGGCAUUCUGACCAACAGCAGCUGUGGACAGAGCAUUGACUCUUCCCAAUUUGUAAUCAGAUGCAAUCUUCCACCAGUGGAGGGCGUGUAUACCAGGGACGUCGGUAACAAGACUGACCUGGUGACAUCCAACCCCAGUAUUCUCCAUGAGAAGUGGGCGGGGCUUAUGGAGCGGCGGCGUCCGUUCGUGGAGGGCGUGCGGCCCUACGGCAGCGCCAUGAUCCUGCUGCCCGCCUUCUCCUACAGCCACAACACGGCCGUGUCCCUGCGCGCCACCUACACCCUGGAGGACUUCCACAGCCCGGCGCGGCCCGUCUUCCUCAGCCCCGAGUACCUGACCAGCCUGGCCCGCUUCUGGCGCUCCCAGGGCAUGCCGGCCGUGCGGCUGAGCACGGGCCUCAUCGUGACCAGCCUGGCGCUCGAGCUGUGCUCCAACGUGCACCUCUACGGCUUCUGGCCCUUCAGCACGCACCCGCACGGCAGCCACCAGACCCUCACCAACCACUACUACGACAACCGCGAGAGCAAGAAGAAGAUCCACGCCAUGCCGCUGGAGUUCGAGCACCUGCUGCGGCUGCACAAGCAGGGCGUGCUCAGAGUGCAUAUCGGGCAGUGCCCCCUGCCACCCAGCCACGGCUUCUCCAGCUUGCCGGCCAGCACCACCCCCUCACCACCAGUCACGGUAGCAGGUGCACCCAUCCGGCAGCACAGGGAGCUGCACAGGUGAGGAGGGCCUCUCCUCCUCAUCAUCUCCUCCUCUUCUUCUACUCCUCCUCUUCCUCCUCUUCAACUUCGAGAUGUUGCAGCUCGUCAAUGAAGAGUGUCUGUACGUGUGGAGAAAAAUGAGGACGCCUCACCUGGCCAUGUCUCAGAACAAUGCGGACUGGACACCCCACAUGGUGGCGUGUGGACAUACAGGCAUCCUGUUUUUUCAGAGCUCUAAAAAGAACUCCAACUGUGUUAGAAGUGUAAGAACUCCUUUGAGCAUCUUGUUGGAGGUUACGGGGACAGAAGAUCUCAGACCACUAUUGGAUGUAAUGGCUGAGAACUGAGAUAAAACAGGAAGAAUGUCAUGCUAAGGUGCAAACGGGUAAAAAGGUGACAUGUUUAAGAAAAGCAGAGGACUGGUGUAAAGUUAGAAACAUUAAAGUACAAGAUGAGUCUUUUUGCCUCCUGGAGUAGGUCAACACCAAAAAAACACAAAAAAAGUGAAAAACACAGGAUUGUUUUCUCUCAACAGAGGUCCAACAGUGCUAUCCAGGCCUUUCCAAUGUGGAACCCUUGGAAUCGGAUGGUAACCUGCUCAUAGAGAAAUGAAAAAGCUGCCGUGUACCUACCCGGUGUCACCAAAUAGCUGGUUUGUCCAACAACUAUUUACCCGUGAUGUCAGAAUCCAGUGAUUUGUUGGAAAUUCUGUAAAUGUCACUGUCACUUUAAGUCAGUCAUGACCAAUCACUGUGGUUCUCACAUCUGAGUAACAAGCUACAUCGGUAGAACGGCUUAGGGUGGAGUGUUUUUGUGGAACAAUUAUUGACCUACCAAGGUGUCCUUUUUAAGCCAUAUAUCAUAUAAGGUGUAAUGUUAUAUCAUAUCCUGUAGGUCUACCCUUUUACUUGAAAAAUAGUGAAAAAAACUGAAAUGAAGUGUUUUGUAUCUGAGAGUAUCCUGUAAUAUUUUACCCGAUCUUGUACUGUAGGCUACCUUGAUUUAUGUGUGCGCUGUCUCGUGUUUUGUCAAGUGGCAUUUCACCUGAGUGAUGAAACAGGCACUAGAUCCGUCCAGACCAGCCGUCAGAGGGGGGAAAAGGGCCAGCUGUCCCGCGGUCAGGGAGGGUGGGGGAGGCAGGGCCGCUGACAGCUUUGGACCGGCCCAGGACAAAGUCAUCUGAAAGGGCCCCCUAGCCCAAUAGAUACAAUGUAAUGAGGACCCAAUUCUGGGCCUUGGACAAAAGUCCCCUUUGCUCACCCCUGUCAGCACCCCUGGGGGGAGGGAUUGGGUCCUUGGUACAUUGUAUGUAUUGAAAGGAGGGGCCUUUUAGAUUACCUUUCCAGGGCCCAGCGGAAAUUCUUCACGCCAGAAUUUGUAUUAAUAUUUAUUUAUUUCAAAAACAAAACCAUAAGUGUGUCUACAGGGGGAAACGACUAUUGAUUCAACUUCUUUUCGCAACAACGAAACAAAACUGAAGUAUAAACAUCAUGUCCGUUUAUUAUUAUUUAUUGAAAAAAAGUAGCUAUUGAUUCAAAUAUGUUGAGUUAUAAGUAAACUAAACCAAAGGGUCUGAAUAGCAUGUCUUGGAUGAAUGACAAACGUCACAGACCUCAUUCAGCCUACAUCUCUCCUGGUGUCAAACCUAUUGAUGUGUACAGUAGGCCUAGUGACUGACUGAGUGAGACCGGUGAUCCAUCCACUGCAGUUCACGUGUCUGUCGCUUAGCCAUGUCAGCUUGCCUUCAAAACCCUUUGAGCCUCAAGCACUUCCUGUAAUGUUAGAGGUCAUCGGCUGGAAAUGAGCGUGCGGCACAGCUGCAGCUAUUUAUAUUCACCAUCCUAGCAUGCGAAUGCUAACUGGCCAGACUGAGUUAAAGACCUAGGAAAGAAAAGGUCGAAUGCAAAAGGGUGCAUGAGUCCACUCCACAUACUGUUUUUCGGUCAGUUCUGAGCAUGUCUGCUGUUGGGCUACUUUUAAUAAUCGGAUGUGUGUGCGUCAAAUAAAGUGGCAUUUCCUCUGUAAAUAUGUGUAUUGCA